AUGACGUAUACAUUGAGCAAAUCCGAGCUCGAAGAGAUCUAUAAUUUUGCUCUGGAUCUAGGGAGAAGAGCUGGGCAAAUCCUGAUUGAAGGGGUUGAUAAGAGGACGGGGGAAGCGAGUGGGAGGGGAGAUAAUGUGGAAGUGGAAAAGGUGAAUGCGGUUGAUAUCGUCACACAGACAGAUUUGGAUGUGGAAGCCUUCGUAAAAGACGAAAUAACCAAGAAAUAUCCCUCCCACUCCUUCAUAGGCGAAGAAACCUACUCAUCCGGCUCCUCAAAAGAAUACUUAAUCAAAGACGACCCAACAUGGUGUGUCGAUCCACUCGAUGGGACAGUAAACUACACACAUCUGUUCCCCAUGUUCUGCGUCUCAAUCGCCUUAGUCCUGAACGGCAUGCCCGUCGUAGGCGUCAUAUAUCAGCCCAUGUUAGAUACAACAUAUAGCGCAUACACGGGUGGAGGAGCAUGGCAAGAUGACUCCCACCCCCUCAAACCUCGCCGUCCCCUCCCGUAUAUAACCAAUCCCACAUCCCCUCUCCCCCCUAACGCACCCAGCGGCUGCAUCUUCGCCUGCGAAUGGGGUAAAGACCGUCGUGGCGACACGCCUACCUCCGCGCUCUCGAAAAAGGUAACAUCCUUCCUAAACCUCGCAUCUGAACUCAACUCCCGCGAUGGAAAAGGUGGAAUGGCACAUGGAAUCCGCUCUCUCGGAUCCGCGACGCUGGAUCUCGCGUAUGUGGCCACCGGCGCGUUUGAUAUCUGGUGGGAGGGCGGGUGUUGGGAGUGGGAUGUUGCGGCGGGGAUAUGUAUAUUAAGGGAGGCGGGCGGGUUAGUUACGACUGCGAAUCCACCGGCGGAUUGGGAGACGUGUAGAGUGCCUGAAGUAGUGUUGGGAGGGCGACUGUAUUUGGCGAUUAGGCCGGCGGGGGGUGGGAAGGGUGAGAGCGGGAGGGAGGGACAGGAAAGGGUCGUUAGGGAGGUUUGGAAGAGAGUGGAGACAUUGGAGUAUGGAAGACCUGGGUUUGAGGUGAAAAUGAAAUAG